AUGCAAUUGAAAUCUAUAACCAGUGAUAAAUAGGGAAACAAAACAACUGGGUUGGGUUCAAGUAGAAUUGAUUAUUAAAGACUUAACACAGCUAAGUUGAAAUCUUUGGAAUCUAUCAUUUCAGAUAAAAACAAUAAAUAAGUUUUGUAACCAUUAAGCAGAAAAGAUUAAAUAAAAAUGUUAUAGGUCUAUUUAAAUGAAAAAAUAAAUGAAUACUCAUAGGUUGAAAAAAAAAUAGAACUAUACAGAAAGGAAGGAGAUCAAAUGAAUGAUUAUGUUGAAGAUAUUAUUAAAGAGUACUGUCUUCAACUAGUGCGUUAAAAUAAUAAGGAGAACCCAAGCACUGACUAAAUUAAAGAAUUGCAAGAGAAGAAAUAAAAAUUGAAAUAGGAAACUAUACAAUUACAUAAUAUGAAUAAAGUAUAAUAUUUCGAAUUGGAGGUUUAAUAAGGAUUGAGCUUAAAGUUGAAUGCUUAAAAAUAACAAUCAAAGAAAAAAAUUUAACUUUUUGAAGAAUAUUAUAAAAAGACUGAGUAAAAGAUGAGGUAAAAGCAACCCAACCUUGAUUUUAAUGAAAUGCCUAAAGCAUAAAGAAAUAAGUAAAAACCAAAUGCUGUAGCAAUAAUUUAAAAGACUCCUGAUGAAAUUUUAUAAGAAAAAACCAUAUUAAUUGAUGAAUAUACUAAAAAGAUAGAAUAGUUGACAUUCUAAAUAUAAGAAAUAACAAGAACUUGUAUUUUGGAGAAAUAAGAAUUAAUAAAAAAGAUAUAAGACACCAAAGAAGAGUAACUAAAAUUAAGUGAUAAAAUCUUGAACUUAAGAUUGAGAUUGAACAAGUUUGAUAAACUAGAACAGUCUCUAUCCAGUGACAAGUGUAUUUCUGAUAUAAUGUCUAAUGACACGGAACAUUCAUUAUAACAAUAAUAGGAGUUGAUCAUAUGA